AUUAUUGUCAUGUCCUAUGUAAGAAGUAGAGGGUUCAGAAACAUCACAUCAAACUCAAACUUGGUUGCUUCCUUUGUUCAUUGUUGUGUGUAUAGUGACAUAUCAAUAAUCUUCACAAAGUGAAUGUGGAAUUUAGUAUUCUCUUUACAUCAACCCUUCAUAACACAAUCACAAAGCUGUUGAGGUAAGUGCCCAGAUUUUGUAAUUUCCUAUACUUCAAGUGGAAAGACUCAUGCUCUCAGCACAUAUAUGUCAGCUUCUGUUUAUUGAACCAAACUUCAGAGUGAUCAUUAUUUGGCAUUUCCAAUAGGCAACUCCAAGAAUGAUUAGAAAUUGGGGUGUUGUGGUGUUGAUUGUUCUUCUCUCCAAUGGGUUCUGUUCAAAUGGGGUUGGCUUGGAUGAUAUUGAUAUUGAUAAUAAUAAUCACAGUAAUAAUACCACAAUUCCUGAUGUUGUAAAUAUCGGGGUUCUUUUCUCUUUCAAUACAAGUGUUGGCAAAAUUGUGAAAAUCGCCGUAGAAGCCGCGGUUAAAGAUGUAAAUUCUGAUCCAUCAAUUCUUGGUAAAACUCAGCUCAAGCUCUCACUUCAAGAAGAUUCCAAAUAUAGAGGGUUCUUGAGCAUUGCUGAGGCAUUGCAGCUCAUGGCAACACACACUGUGGCCAUAAUUGGCCCACAGACCUCCACAACAGCUCAUGUCAUAUCUCACAUCGCGAACGAGCUUCAAGUUCCCCUGCUGUCGUUUACAGCCACUGACCCCACCCUUUCUUCGCUUCAGUUCCCAUUCUUCAUUCGGACAUCUUUUAAUGAUAUGUAUCAGAUGACUGCAAUAGCAGAUCUUGUUAACUAUUAUGGUUGGAGGGAGGUUAUUGCAGUCUAUGGUGAUGAUGAUCAUGGGAGGAAUGGAAUUGGUGCCUUAGGGGACAAGCUAGCUGAGAGACGCUGCAAGAUCUCGUUUAAAGCUCCUAUGAGUCCUGAGGCAACCAGGGAGGAGAUCACUGAUGUGCUUGUUCAGGUAGCUCUGGCUGAAUCGCGGGUUAUAGUCCUUCACACAAGUACUACUUGGGGGCCGAAAGUGCUAAAUGUGGCGAAAUCUCUUGGAAUGAUGGAAAAUGGUUAUGUCUGGAUAGCCACAACUUUUCUGUCUACCGGGAUAGAUAUAAGUUCUCCACUUUCUUUGAGUGUAAUGGAUGACAUUCAAGGAGUUAUUGCGCUGCGAAUGUAUGUGCCGGAUUCAAAGCUCAAGAGAUCUUUCAUUUCGAGGUGGAAAAACUGGACUAAUGGCUCCCUUGGAUUGAGUACUUAUGCUAUCUUUGCAUAUGAUACUGUCUAUGUUCUUGCUCAUGCGCUUGCUGCAUUUUUUAAACAAGGGAACCGCAUUACCUUUUCAUCUGAUUCAAAGACAUCUCUAAUACAUGGUGACAACAUGCAUCUUGAUGCUGUGAAGAUAUUCAACGAAGGAAAACUGCUGCGAAAAAGUAUCUACAAGGUUAACAUGACCGGUGUAACAGGUCACUUCAAGUAUACAUCUGAUGGAAACCUUGCAAAUCCGGCAUAUGAAAUCAUCAAUGUGGUUGGAACAGGGACUAAGAGGAUUGGUUAUUGGUCUAAUCACUCUGGACUAUCAUCUGUAAGUCCUGAAGAACUUCAUUCAAAGCCGGCUAGACAUUCAAGUUCAAGUCAAAAGCUACUAUCUGUGAUUUGGCCAGGGGACACAACACAGAAACCUCGCGGUUGGGUUUUUCCAAACAAUGGAAGGAUGCUAAAAAUUGGAGUACCAAAAAGGAUCAGUUACCGCGAAUUCGUCUCACAAGUAAAAGGCACUGAUAUGUUCAAGGGGUUCUGCAUUGAUGUCUUUCUUUCUGCAGUGAACUUGUUGCCUUAUGCUGUCCCCUAUAAGUUUAUUUCGUACGGAGACGGUCACAGCAAUCCUAGUAACACUGAACUUGUCCGUCUGAUCACGACCGGUGUGUUUGAUGCUGCUGUAGGUGACAUUACAAUUACCACAGAAAGAACAAAGAUGGUGGAUUUUACACAGCCAUUCAUCGAGUCCGGUCUAGUGGUAGUAGCAUCAGUGAAGAAGACAGACUCAAAUGCUUGGGCAUUCUUGAUGCCAUUUACACCAAUGAUGUGGAUUGUCACAGCUAUCUUCUUCCUAGUUGUUGGUGCUGUUGUCUGGAUUUUAGAGCAUAGGCUCAAUGAUGAUUUUAGGGGACCUCCCAAAAAACAGGUAGCCACAAUUUUGUGGUUCAGUUUCUCAACCAUGUUUUUUGCACAUAGGGAAAACACAGUGAGCACUCUCGGUCGAUUCGUGCUGCUUAUAUGGUUAUUCGUAGUUCUCAUAAUCAACUCGAGUUAUACAGCAAGCUUGACUUCAAUCCUCACAGUGCAACAACUUUCUUCACCAAUUAAGGGCAUUGAAAGUUUGAUAAACAACAAUGAGCCUAUUGGCUACUUGCAGGGUUCUUUCACUAAAGGUUAUUUAGUCAACGAAAUUGGCAUCGAUGCGUCGAGACUUGUAGCUCUAACAACACCAGAAGAAUCUGCCACUGCUCUGGACAAAGGUCCCCAUAAAGGUGGCAUCGCUGCAUAUGUCGACGAACGCGCAUACAUAGAGCUGUUCCUUUCAAGCCGCUGCGAUUUCAGCGUUGUUGGUCAAGAGUUCACCAGAAAUGGUUGGGGAUUUGCCUUUCCACGAGACUCGCCAUUAGCGGUUGACCUGUCAACAGCCAUUUUGGAGUUGGCUGAGAACGGCGACCUUCAACGGAUCCACGACAAAUGGCUUUUGCGCAGUGCUUGCCUGUCGCAAGGUGCGAAGCUCGAAGUGGACAGACUCAAGCUGAGGAGCUUCUGGGGUCUCUACCUACUCUGUGGCUUGGCAUGUUUGAUUGCUCUCUUUGUAUAUCUGAUUCAAACCAUGAAGCAAUACAAGAAGCACUACACCGAAGACGACAAGUCGUCGUCCGGUCUAAAGUCCACGCCGUCGCGACUAAGGACUUUCCUUACAUUUGUAGAUGAAAAGGAAGACACAGUUAAGAGCCGCUCCAAGAGAAGGAAAACGGAGAUGGCAUCAUUCAAAAGCACAAGUGAGGUUGGAUCAUCCAAUAAUGGAUAUUCAGAAUCAUCUUCUCAGAGAAUUGAGUGUACUAAUAAUGAGUCAUGACAAACUUGUUUUCUUUGGUCACAGAACUGGUACAUUAAAAAAAGAGUAAACUGACAAAUAAAUUCCUAAAGAUUUACAUUUCGGACAGAUUAACAAAAUGUGGACAAAUUAGUUCAAAUUAAGACCUUCUAUCCUAAUUACGGGGGCCAAUUUAAAGGUAGUGUGUCUACAUCUAUUAUCCUAAAGGACUUUAUUGGUACUUUUUUUCUUUUAAGGACUAA